AUGGCGGACGCGGUGAACUUGCAAUAUCAAGUUCGACAAAAUAACGAAGAGUUACAGGACUAUUUAAAAGAUCUUUACAAGUGGGAAGACGAAGUUCAAGCGCAAGAUAAGUUGUUAGCUAAUUCUAAAACUCCAUUAGCCUCGUCACAUCCAGUCAGGAAUAAAACGCGAAAGAAGAAACCCAAGUCAAUUUUGAAACAAACGCCUGCCUCAACUAAAGAAAGGUUGAAAGGAUCUAAUUUUCAAGCAUGGGAUAAAUAUGAUGUGGAAAAAGCUUUGAAAGAAAUUGAUGACCAAGAAGAUCUGGAAACCCAGUCAACGUCAGAUGAAGACAGUGAAGAUGAGGAUGUUAUGGAACAUAGAAGACUACAACAAGCACUGUUUGAAAAAGAGAAGGGUAAUGAUUUGUUUAAAGAAGGAAAGUAUGAAGCAGCUAUCAAUCGUUACACUACAGCUAUUGGCUUGGAUCCAAAUAAUGCUAUAUUACCUGCUAACAGAGCUAUGGCGUUAAUUAAAGUUCAAAGAUAUGGAGCAGCAAUACAAGAUUGUGACACAGCGUUAGCAUUAGAUAACACAUAUGUUAAGGCAUUUGCAAGAAGAGCAACAGCUAAAUAUUCACUGGGAAGGUUGAAGGAAGCCAUGGAAGAUUAUGAAAUGUUGCUGAAACUUCAUCCUUGCAAUAAACAAGCGUUAGAUGGUAUCAAGGAAAUUCAAAAGAUGCUAACAAAACAACUGAAAGAUAGUAAAGAGAAAAAUGAACAAACAACGGUUGAACUACAAAAAAAACAGAAACCAAUGAAACGCUAUCUUAUUGAAGAAAUUGGAGUGGCUAGUAGUGAUGAAGAAGAAAAUACUUCCAUGGAGAGCAAAUCUGAUCUAAUUGAAAAACUGAGUAAUCUUGGCUCACCUCUUGUGAACAAUGCUGCUUCAGUACCAGUCAAAACAAUAGGUGAAAAUACGAAGAAUAGUAAGACCAUAGAAGAUCAUAACCAUUUGGCAAAACCUGCCAUAACAGAUGAAGUGUUUGCAAGUAUACCUCAAAACUGUAAUACAUCUUCACAACAUAAACCUGAUGUUUUAAAAGAUUGCUCAAACCCAAAUACAAGUCUGCCUUCAAGUUGCUAUACAGAUCACACUAUAACAAAUUGUAAACUGACACCUCCAAUUUCAUCAAUACAAUUUCAAACAACAUGGAAACAGUUGGAAAAGAACCCAGAUCUAUUGUACAGUUAUAUGAAGAUAAUACCACCAGAUCAGCUUCCAAAGGUUAUGGGUGAAUCUGUGGAGUCAUCACUUUUGAUAAAUAUCUUCACGAUACUUCACAAUUAUUAUGUAAGGGAUUGUCAUCCUAUCUUUGAUGUACUAAACUACAUUUCACAAGUGAAGCGAUUUUCCAUGACAAUGAUGUUCUUGUCUGUGAAAGAAAAAUCUGUGGUGAAGGAUCUUUUUGUCCAUCUGGAAACAUUACCAGAAAAUAACAAAACAUUUACGAAGAAUGAAUUGCAGGCUUUGAAGUUAAAAUAUGGAGUUAGAUAACCCUGUUUUUUAUGGGCAUAUCCUAGGCUGUCCAUAUCCAAUUUUAAAAUGCUUCUGAAAAGUUGAAGUUCUGAUUUCAAAAAAUCAUUUAUUGUAUACACACCUUGUAGUAAGGAUUCUAUAAAUAUACACC